AAGCCGACGACAUAGUUCCAUACUACCCAGAUACGCCUCCGAUAUCACAUCGCCACUGGCCGCCGAACAUCAUUCUGAAUUCGCAAGGACGCAUUGCCAUAGAAUCCCCAAGCCCCUAGCCCAGACAGUCUCCCAUCCACAAUGUCCAAAUCCAUCCAAACCCCAUACUACGUCCCCGUUUCCCUCGCACAUACCGCCCUUCUCCUCUCCGAUGUGCAAACUCAAAUCCUGGCCCGUUUCUCCAAAGAGGUCCAACAAUCCUACCUCACCGAAAUCCAAAAGCUUCUGGAUUUUUUCAGGUCCCAGAUCGCCCUUGCAGAAUCCGCGGGACAACCCGGGAGCGAGAAUGCAUUCAGCGGCGUGCCGUUGAUCGUGCACCACACGCUCCCCUUCAAUCUGAACAACAACGCCUUUGUGAGCCCGUACAAUAAGCUAGCGCAUUGGGUAAAGGGUUUGGAAGAAAAGGGGUUCUUUAAGACAGUGAACGCGAAUCCGCACACGCCCAACUUCUCCAUCCCGUCUUCCCUAACCCCACCAGGCGGCUGGGGCGCGUCGAAAGACGAGAUCGUACUUGGAAAGCUUCAACCAAACUGCUUUGCGUCUUCGGAUCUGCUAAAGUACCUUCACGCGCGGGGAAUCCGGCACGUGAUUCUCGUUGGGUUGACGACUAUGGGGUCAAUUCUUGGUUCGGCGAGGGGCGGCGCGGAUCUCGACUUUCAUAUCAUCUGCCCGCGUGAAGCGAUUAUCGAUGACGAUGCCGAGGUUGACGAGUUUCUCAUGACGAAGGUGCUUCCGAAGUUUAUCGAUGUCGUCCAGAUGGAGGAUGUGCUUGCGCUCGGGAGGGAAGCGGGUUCGUAGGGUACGGCCGUCUUUCCGGAUUGUAGAUCAUCAUAGACGAUCGACGAAAAGCAUUUAGACGGCAUGUGCUAAUUUCAGCACCAAUGAAAAGCCGGGAU